GCUCUGUGUGCAUUUUUGCCCUGCUGCUGGGUACAAUGGCUGCUGCAAAUCCAGCCAAAACGCUCCAGGAGGAAGCUACUUGUUCCAUCUGCCUGGAUUAUUUUAAAGACCCGGUGAUGAUUAUAGACUGCGGGCACAAUUUCUGCCGAGCCUGCAUCACCCAGUGCUUGUGGGGAUGGGAGACAAACCUCUCCUGCCCUUGCUGCAGGGGCAGCUUUCUCCAGAGAAACCUCAAGCCAAACAGGCAGCUGGCCAACGUGGCAGAGGUGGCCAAACAGCUCAGCCUGCGGCUGUUCAAAGAGCCCCGAGGGCACGGGGUGUGUGAGAAACACCUGGAGGCUCUGAAACUCUUCUGCGAGGAGGAUCAAACUCCCAUCUGCGUGGUGUGUGACAGAUCCAAGGAGCACAGAACUCACACGGUGGUUCCCAUAGAGGAGGCUGUCCAGGAGUACAAGGUGCAAAUUCAGAGCCACCUGGAGAUUUUGAAGAAAGAAAGAGCUGAGAUUCUAGAGUUUCAAUCGAGUGGGGAAAUGAAAAGCCAGGAACUUCUGAAAGAAGUGGAAGCCGAGAGGCAGAAGGUUGUGUCUGAAUUUCAGCAGUUGCGCCUGUUUCUGGAGGACCAAGAGAAACGCCGGCUGGGCCGGCUGGGCGAGCUGGACAAGGAGAUCGUGAAGAUGAGGGAUGAAAAUGCCACCAAAUACUCUAAGGCGCUCUCUUGCCUCGGCGAUCUGGUCUGCGAGAUGGAGGGGAAGUGCCAGCAGCCAGCGAGUCAGUUCUUGCAGGUCAUCAGAAGCACCUUGAGCAGAUGUAAGACGGGGAAGGAGAAGUUUCAAAAUCCAACAGCGGAGUUUCCUGACUGGAGAAGAAGAAUCAAAGAACUCUCUCAAGAAACCGUAUCGCUACAGGAUGCUGUGAAGAAAUUCAAAGAGUCUCUGCCAUCUGAAACUGUGUUGAAAUCAGCAAAUGUGAGUUUUGAUCCAGCCACGGCUCAUCCCCGCUUCGUCGUGUCCAAGAGACGGAAAAGCGUGAGAUGGGGAGACACGCGGCAGGAUCUGCCCUACAGUCCUAAGAGAUUUGAUCCAUCUCGCUGUGUGCUGGGCUGUGAGGGAUUCACCUCGGGGAAACAUUGCUGGAUGGUGGAAGUGGGGGAUGGGGGAAACUGGGCCGUGGGGGUGGCCAGAGAGUCUGUGAGGAGGAAGGGAGAGAUCAGCUUGGACCCUGAGGGGGGCAUCUGGGCCAUGGGGCUCUGCAGAGGUCAGUACCGGGUUCUAACCUCCCCUGUGACUCUUCUGACCCUGAGCGGGAGCCCCACGAGGAUUCUGGUUUGUCUGGAAUAUGAAGAGGGGUUGGUGACAUUUAUAGAUGUUGAUAGCAUGGCCAGGAUAGUUUCAUUCCCAUCAGCUUCUUUUACAGGGGAGAAAAUCUUCCAUUUUUUCCGGGUCGGGGAUAUGCAAACGCACCUCAGGCUACUCCCCUGCAUCACAGGAUAACACCGGGCCUUGGUGCUCUGUACUG